CGCGCUCGCGCGCUGGAUGAUGGGAAAGCGGGGCCUUCUACUCCCGUAGUGAACCGCGCGCGCGUCGCGUCGCCAUCCUGCUCCCGCUGCGCCCCGGCUGUUUCCGCGUGUCGGCUGCCUGCUUGCCCUGCUGUUGUGCUUGCGCCGCCCCCGCCGCCCGCUGCCGCCGCCCACGCCGGCCUGCCUGCCUGAGCGCCAGCCUGCCGCUGUCGUGCCUCCUGCCUGCCGUAGCGCGCCCACUGUGUUCCGUGAGCUGUGCGCGGCGCGUGCCAACCCACACGCCCCGUCGGCGACGUGAAGCGAGCGGACACGCGGGCGCCACACUCACGCCACACGCACACAAACAUGAACCAAACUUUCGAAGUGGUGUUAAUCCAUCGGUUCUCGUCCGUUGUCGCCGCCAGCGCCAUAAGUACAGAGUGUCUCGAGUACUGUUAGAGAGGAAAAUCGCUUCUCCCAGCGAACGGUGUUUAGUGGUGAAAUCGCGCGUGUGUGAGUGAGUGUGCUGUCGGGAACAGGGAAGAGAGUGACAGGGCGUUGAAGCAGUGACCAGUGGACGAGGUCACCGGCGUGUGGUUGUGCUGUUGUCUCGUGCGAGUGCGACGCGCGCGUGCCGUGUGGACUCAGCGCCGCCAGCGCGAGGUCAGGUGGAAGGAGCGUCGCGGCUCCCUUCGCCAGCAGCCGCCCCCUACGACCGCCGGCGCCUUCCGACUCUAUUAUGGAUGCUUCGUACUGUAUGGGGGGAAGCACGGACGUGGAUGUGUGUCGGAUGUUCGAUCAGUAUCUCUACAAGAGGUCUGAGAAUUUAGAUCUUUCACUCUCCGUACCACCAUCGUUUCAUCCAAACGGCGGCUACAUGGGAGACCAGACGUUCCACACGCCCAGCUUCGGCGACGAGGAGUUCGACAUCCCGCCCAUCAACCCGCACCAGGCGCCGUCGCAUGCGCACGCGCAGUCGCACGCGCCGUCGCACGCGCCGCCCGCCCCCAUGUCCGCCUACCAGCCGCAGCGCUUGUUGCAGAUGCUGCAAAGCCCCGGCCCGGACGGCAUGGUGCUCGGGGACCCGUCGGGCUACCAGCAGCCGCUCUACUUGCCCGAGCACACGAUGGGCUUGAGCGUGAGCUCCUCGUACAGCAGUCCGCAGCCGACAUACACGCUGGCGGGGCCGGCGCAGGGCGGCGCGCAGCCGCUCAUGAUGAUGCAGCAGCAGGCGGCGGCGGCCGCGGCGGCCGCCGCGCACCCGCAGAUGUUCGGAGGCGGCGGGGGCGGGGGCGGCAUGGGCUACGGGCGCUCGCCGCAGGGCGCCAGCCCGCCCGCCGGCCACGAGACCACCACCACGAGCGAGGACAGCGACGACAGCACCCCGCACUCGGCUAUGAUGGCAGGAAUGAAGAGGCCUUCACCCGAACCAGCUGACAACGGUAUGGGCAAAGUGCAGAAAAAGCCAAAGGUGCAAAAGAAAAAGAAGAAGAGGGACCCCAAUGAACCUCAAAAGCCUGUAUCUGCUUAUGCAUUAUUUUUUCGUGACACUCAAGCUGCUAUUAAAGGACAAAAUCCUAAUGCAAGUUUUGGAGAAGUGUCCAAGAUCGUUGCAUCAAUGUGGGAUGCUCUGGAUGCAGAGCAUAAGAAUGUGUAUAAGAAGAAAACAGAAGCAGCCAAGAAGGAGUACCUAAAAGCUCUGGCUGCAUACAGAGCUAGCCUUGUUUCUAAGGGUGCUGGAGAAACUGAGAAUGUGUAUGGAGGUUACAGUGGCUAUGGAGGGGGGUACAGUGGUUACUCCCCACCUUCUGCCCUGCCAUCACCGCCCAUUCCUUCACAGCAGCAGCAACAACAGCAGACAAAACCUCCCCAGAUGGGCAAUAUGAGUCAGAAAGCACCAAUGAUGGGCAAUAUGAUGGGAGAUAGGGCAACUCCACAACAACAGGGUAUGAUGGGAUCUCCAAUGGGCCCUGUUGGUGGACAUAUGCCUCCAUCUCACAUGCAAGGACCAGUAUCCCAGGGUAGUUACAUGCAACAGGUCCCACCUCACCAUAUGAGCCCAACUCGGGGCAGUGAUGGUCAUCUUGUAUCCAGUCCCCCUCCGGUAGGGUCUGGUGGCAGUGGUGGUUCCGGCGGACAACAUCCCCCCCAACAUCCCCCCUCUGGAGCUCCAGGACCCGUACAGUCAGGCUCUGUGGUACAGCCGCAGCAACAGCCUCCCCAGCCCCCACCUGGGCCAGCUGUGGCCACAGGCCAGCAACAACACCGCGUGGGGGGCAAUGCUUGCAUUCGCCAUGGCUGCCCCAAUGCCGCAAUCACUAAUUCAGAAUGGGAAGAUGAAUACUGCAGCAAUGAAUGUGUAGUUAGCCAUUGCAGAGAUGUGUUCAGCUCUUGGGUUGCAUCCAACCAGAAUGCAUCACAAAAUUUUUCAACUGUGAAAUAAGGAACAGACCCCAAGACUAGUGCUGAUUGUGUCGACCGUCAUUGCAGUACUUGAUGGUCUUCCUGCAUGCACUUAAGAGUCUGUGGUCUACUGUUUUCUUUCAUGAGCAAUCAAUUUGCAUGAUCAUCACAAUCAUCACUGGCUUAUCAUCAAAGUAUACACUAUGUACAGUAUAACCUUUUUGUCAAUAGUUACGAAAAGGAUUGAAAAGAUAUUUCUCGUAAAUUGAUUAUUGAAUCUUCUUAUUGUAAUUGUUAUACAGCAACAUUGUACAUACUGUAUAUGGUAAACACUAAAGAAAUCUACUUGGUAUACUUUAAAAUAAAAGAUGUGGUGGAGAAGUUAUAACUUCUGAAUGAAAGAACAGUGUAUGUCAUGAAAGAAAUUAAAAGUAUUACCAUAUAAACGUACCCAGUUUAAUAUGUAAUAAGAAUAUCAUACUUGUAUACUUUUAUGGACAGUUGAUUAUUACUGUCUUUUUGUUGCAUGUUCAAAUCACUGCAAUGAAUGUAACCAAUUGAAAAAAGGGAAAUCCACCCUUCUCCUGCCCUUGCUCCUCAGUUACAUGUGGUAAUUAAUCAUAUUAUGAAGUUAUUCCUUUUUGACAAAAUAGUGUCAAACGUUAAUGUUGCUGUUACUUUCCUGGAGUCUAUCAACUAUAUGACUUACUACUAAGAGAUGCUGGUGUAUCGUAGACUUAUCUACCUAUAUAGAGUAGGUGUGGAGAAGUGGUGGGACAGAUUUGUUUGUAAAUCACCACAGAGACCUGUUCCUUGAAUUAGAGUUGUGUGUCUCUUGUGACUUUAGACACAAUAGUUAAUUAUAUAUAAUACUAAUAAUUAUAGAGCUACUGAUCAUGAUGAUCACAAGAACAUUGGAAGGCUUAUUUUUAUAUUGCAUCUAAAGUUGUAAUGUAAAAUAAAACAAACUAUUUAAGUGAAUUAUGAAAGGAAGGAAUUUUGCUAGUUGCUUGAGGAUUGAAUUAUAGCUCUUUCCUUCCCUUUAGAUUACAAAGAAAAUCAGAUUACGGGUCCAUGGGUGUUCCAGCAGAAGGAAAUUACGUAAUUACUGUUCGUUAAUGCCAAUCAGAUGAGAAUAAGAUCAUUUGUAUAUCAAAGAUAGUUACAGUUUAGCACAAUGUGAUCCUUUCGGGGUUCCAAGUGCACAAAAAAAGGAUGUGGCUAUUUAACAAACCAGAUGUCCUUUGUUGAAGCAUGUGGACUGUGCUUCAUUUACCAAUAAUGAAUAUAAUCAUGUUGGCCAUAAUAGAUGCAUGCCUAUGCUAUUCUCAAGAAUGAAACAGAUUCUAGGUCAACUUGUGUGUUUCCAGAACCCUAAGUGUUGUGGUGCCGUAGUGGUACUGAAUAACAAGUGCAGACAUGUUUAGAAAAAUGUGUUUACUACCAUAUAUUUUAUUUCUUCGGACCAAUUCAGUUCAAGAGCAAGUGAAAUGUUUCCGAAACUGCUCUGGCCAUAUGAGGUGCUGCAGAAUGUGUAGUGUGAGUGUGCCCUCGAAAUCCUUAAUAUGUAGAUAGAAGGAAGAAUUUUGAGAGAGAACAAGGACCAAUAAGCAGUUAAAUAGAUUAUUUUGUAUUAAGUACUUUUGUAAAGUACAUGAAAACUGUUUUGUUUAAUUGUACAGAUGUUUAUAUAGACUUUGUUUCUUUCUAUAAGGAGAACUUUUGGCACCUGUUAGUUUUAAGUUAUUAUCAUAUAGUGAUCCUAUCUUCAUUGCUCUUUCAAAGUUUAUUUAUUUAGUAAACUUUGAAAACUAAAAGAUGUGUUAUCUGAUCCACCAAAUGUGGAGUUGUUACUUCAUGAACAUAAGUUUUGGAACAGUUGAGAUUCAGAUUUGAAUCUGUGAGUGGGAAAGUACAAAUGAAUAGAUGUUUACAUACUAAUUUUUUAAUGUUCUGAUGUAAGACAUUGAAACUGCAUACUUUUAGGUUUGUUUCUGUUGUAUCUUGAAUUUUGAUACCAUAAAUUGCAUUUUAUUUAUCUACAUUCCCUGUUAAAUACUUGGAAGAUAGAAAAAAUCAUUUUAAUCAUGACCUUUCCUAAUCAGAACUAUUGUUUAUAUGUCCAUAAGAAUCUUCAUUCAGAAUUUUUUGUAAUUCUGAAAACAUGUUGAAUAGUUCCUGUUUUCAUCAUUAUUUGUACAUGUCUAAUUAGUGUCAGAAGUCACUCCUGGUCUUUGUUCAACUUUAUACCAUGGUGUUGGAAGUGGCAUAUUUGGGUGUAGGCUUUUCAAGUCAGGAAUUUCAAUUGAUGAUCUAUGAAGACUGGCUACUAAAACAGCUUUGAAGUACAUCAAACUGUUGAAGAGUCCUUUGUAUAAAUAGGUAAUAUCAGUUUACAUUUGUCUUCAUUUAAGAUAUCUUCAUUUAUUUGCAGUGUACUUCUAGAUUAUGCAUUAUUGCUUCGAACACGUUAUGUGCAACAUGUUCUGUGCUAUUAUUCUGAAGACAGAAUAUAACUUUUUUUACAAAAGAAGCCAACAAUUUGUGCUACAUAUUGAAGCAACAAAGGGUUAUUAGAUGUAAACCAGCUAUUUGCAUAGUGUACAGAAAAAUUGUUUCCAGAAAACAAACAAAAAAAGUAGACUUAUAAAUGUAUAAUUAUUUUGUUUUUGUCUUAUUAUAGAUAAAAAUGUUGUUUUUAUGAUGUGCAUUUGUGAUCCUGAAAAUCCAAAAACUCUUUGACUUCUCCGUUGAGAAGAUUUAUUUAGUAAUGGAUCUUCUAAAGAAGUUGGAAGUAGUGGGAAGACCUAACUAAAUACAUAUGUCUUUCUGUUGUUUUCCUUUGUUUUUGUUUUUUCUAUCUCCCUUUGUACAGUACAGCUUGUAGAUGUGGUUCUCAUCACAAAGACCACUAGAUGUAACUGUAAAUGCAUUAUAAACAAUAUACAGUAAUGAAAAUGUGGAAAUAAAAUUUAUGUGUGGUUUUAA